UCCUGAGAGAUCGUCAUUCCUGCUCCUGACAAUCCAUCUCUCUGCCUGAACCUUCUUUUCUUUCCUUGCCGAGUUUUAGCCAUGCGGUGAUAUUACAUCCACCCACCCCACGUUCUUUAUUUAGUUUUCAUAUUCCUUCCUAUCUACUUCUUCGGUAUUGUUAUCUAUCAUCUCUCAUUACCCCCCCUGUUUAGAUAGUGAGCUGUCGCCAACAAUGGCUACUACUCUCCUUCCGUUCCGCGAUAUCAACCUCCACGCCUCCUCCUCUCAUUACGCUUUUACCUCGCCCUCUUCACCGAAUGCUCCCACGCUUGUCGUUGAUCGCCCAACAGGCGACUUACGACUGCAUGAUGGCACCCUUCCUGGUGCUAAGCGCAUUUCCAGUAUCGCCGGUAUACUGGGUAUGAUCAAGUUGAAGCUGGACAAAUAUAUCAUCGUGAUCACUAAAGCGCUGCCUAUGGGUCGACUUCGCGGACAUAUGGUCUACAAAGUAGCAGCAACUGAGUUCUUACCCCUUCGUGAGCGCCCGCUACAUGACCAUGAUGAGGACACGUAUUUGGCGCUGCUAAAAGACCUCCUCCGCACCGGGCCGAUGUAUUUUUCUUAUGUAUUGGACCUCACCAACAGUUUCCAGCGUCAGUCGCAAAGCGAUGCUAGCCUUCCAAUGUGGAAGCGAGCCGAUGAUCGGUUCUUUUGGAACCGCUUCAUUCAAUCGGAUCUCAUAGACUUUAGCCUUGGAGGGCACGAUACAACGAGUGUACGCUAUGGACCCCAGCCCGGGGUUGACCCUUAUAUUCUCCCCGUAAUGUAUGGAAUGUUACGCAUCACUCCGGCAAAAGUUAAGUCGACUACGUUCACGUUUGCUCUCAUUACGAGAAGAUCUAGACACCGCGCUGGAACAAGAUACUUCUCACGCGGUAUCGAUGAACAAGGUCACGUUUCGAAUUACAACGAAACCGAGCAGAUUGUGAUCCUGAAUGAUGCGACUGGUGGGUUAUCGGGGUUUGCUGGAGGGCAGUCCAUGAAAGAAAAAACCGGAGAUUCGGGUCGAGACCUCCAGGUCAUGGCUUAUGUGCAGACUCGCGGGAGUGUUCCCGUCUAUUGGGCCGAGGUCAACAACCUCAAGUAUACCCCCAAACUUCAGGUUCGUGGGGUGGAAACAGCCGUCGAUGCCGCACGAAAGCAUUUUGCUGAGCAGAUCCGGUUGUAUGGAGAAAACUACUUGGUCAACCUUGUAAACCAGAAAGGGAGGGAGGAGCGAGUCAAGGAUGCAUAUGAGCAGCUCGUACGCAUUUUGGUCUCUCCAUCGACCGAAAAUACCGAGGUCGACGCAGUAUCAUCCGAGAAGAUACAUGCCCUGGAGCCAGAUCAAAGGCAAAAGGAAUUGGACCGUCUCCACUACAUUUACUUCGAUUUCCACAACGAAACAAAGGGGCUGCAAUGGCACCGCGCGGAAUUGCUGAUGGAUCGCUUAAUUGAUGGUCUUACACGAGGCGGCUAUUUCCGUGGUGUAGAGGAUCCUGGCCUGCCUGGUGGACAGCUGGAUACACGAUCUUCACAAACCAGCGUUGUUCGUACCAACUGCAUGGACUGCUUGGAUCGGACGAAUGUAGUGCAGAGUAUGCUUGGACGCUGGGCUGUAACACGCCAGCUCACUGACGCUGGGGUCCUACGUCAAGGUGAAGCUGCAAAUGAUGACCGGGAGUUUGAGGAUCUGUUCCGUAACAUCUGGGCCGAUAAUGCAGACGUCGUCUCUAAAUCGUACUCGGGCACCGGAGCACUGAAGACAGAUUUCACCCGUACUGGCAAGCGUACUCGUGCCGGCAUGCUGCAAGAUUUGAACAAUUCCAUCACGCGAUACGUGAAAAAUAACCUCUUGGAUGGCCCCCGGCAGGAUGGGUUUGAUGUCUUCUUGGGCACCUACCUUCCUCCAAAUUCCACCCUUGGCAACCUUCAGCUUUUCCUAGACCGCCGACCUCUCAUUAUCCAAUCCAUCCCUUAUAUCCUUGCUGCUGGUGUCUUCAUGGUUUUAAUUUCCAUAUUUACGAGGCGUUUGCCGGAUGCUGCCGUAUGGCCUUUGCGUCUGUUCGUCAUAUUCUGGCUGGCAGUCACUGCCUGGUGCGCGCGCUUUAUACUUGGGCACGGGAUGCUUUACGUGAACUGGCCCAAAUUGAAUACACCAGCUGCUGGAUCCGAAGGAUAUCAGGAUGCGAUGAUCAAGGCCCGAUCCGAUCCUAUCGUUGGGCAAUUUCUUCCUUCCAGAAGGCACCAAAGGGGCUAUAGCAAUGCUCGACUUGGCUUUCUAGAGGAAGGGAAAACUAGGAUUGAAUAAUUUCUUACUCAGGCUGCUGUCAGUGCCGAGUUCUUUUACAUACUAAAUGGUACGUGUCCGGUACACACUUUCGUCCUUUACCUACUUCGAUGUUGCGGGUUGUAAAAAGUACCACCUCUAUAUACGCUAUCUUCUAGUCUCUCCUUGUUUUCUUUUUUUCGUGAAUUCAUAUAUUUGCAAGUAACCCUCCCGGCCUUAAUCGCACGGCUUUCUCUUGACCAUAUAGAUUUAUUUUUGUUCUUACCCUGUUCUGCCUUUUCUCUCUGCAACGUUCUUUGCCUUAUUCCUCUUGUUCGUUUCACCUUGCAAGACUGCUCUCUGCAUGUACUUUUUAAAGCUUUGCAUCGCGGACAGUGAUGAUGCUAGAAGUCGCCGUAUUACUGAAGUCAUAGAAAUACAUAUUC